AUGCCAGGCCCGCAUACGUUCUAUGAUGGUGCUACAAUGCUGGAACCAAUCGCUACCUACUUUGAGGUUCAAGUAGAUAGAAUCAACUUCGUGAUCUGCAUGUUCUUGUCGCUGCCACUGGCUUGCGUAUUCAAGCGUUACUGUGCACCAGGAGUCGUCACGCGUCAAACACGUACCAUAUUCCCCUUACUGAUCGGGAUCGUGUUCUGCUUCUUCUGUUUCGGACGUGCGUCUAAACAUCUUCUCGCGAACGCCCUUCUCAAUUACGCCAUCAUGCGCUGGUCACCUCCGAAACAUGUACACAAGUAA